AUGGAAGGCAUGGAUAUGAGCAGCACCAGCUCUAGCUCGCACAGUAUGAGCUCUUCAAGCUCUAUGAGCAUGGAUAUGGUAUUCAAAAAUACUCACGAUACGCCACUUUUCUCCAAUGCUUGGACUCCUUCAUCCUCGGGUAGCUUUGCAGGCACAUGUAUUUUUUUAAUUAUUCUCGCCAUCAUCGACCGGUGCCUCAUCGCUUUCAAAGCAACCAUGGAGCGCCACUGGCUCGCCACACAUCUCAACCGACGAUAUGUCACUGUGGCUGGCAAAAGCAGCGAAGCUGGCAACAUCGACUCCGACCCGGAUGCAAAACUCGCAUCACUCAUCACCGCGCAAGGCGUUGAGGAGUCAGUCAAAGUUGUGCACAACAUCAAUCGUGGGCCAAUUCCCUGGCGAUUUAGCGUUGAUCUACCACGAGCACUACUGUUUCUAUGUAUUGUGGGCAUAUCAUACCUACUCAUGCUAGCUGUCAUGACUAUGAACAUCGGCUAUUUCUGCUCGGUGCUUGGGGGCGCUUUCCUCGGGGAAUUGGCGGUCGGCCGUUUUAUUCAAACUAAUGAGCACGGACAUUGA